UCUCAGGGUUGUCAUAGACCCGUGUAUUAUUAAGCUUCAAAUACCGUGUAAUCCAAUCAGUGGUUGAAAAUAGCAAAGUAACGUUAGCUGCUAGCAGAAUUCAACGGCUAACUUUAUUCCUCUAGAUAAGUUAUGUGUGUCAAUAAUGCGUAAAUUGCCUACAUUCAUCGUUAACAACACUUUUGUUGAUGUCCCUCUUCGUUUGAAAUAGUUUAAAGCACUUACUCUAUCAAAUAUAAGUACAAACUGAAGGCAACCAGCUUCCCUUUCUCGAAGCUGUGCUUUUAAAGUUGGACUGAAUUCUUUGGAAACGUAUGGGUAGCAAAGUUAGAUCUGUUCCUCCAGUGUUCGGUUCAACUGGAAGAACAAGCUUCGGUGCGCUGCUGAAGGGUCGACUGUUGUGUUCUCAUCCACUGUUUUGCCCAAAGUUACUUCUUUUUCACAUUUUGCAAGUUAGUUAGUUAAAGGUAACCUGCCGGUUGUUUGUUUGUCGCGUAACUUGCUUGUAAAACAACAAACAAAUUAGCACAUUGACAAAGACACAUGUAGUGAAUAAUUAAAUAUAAGUCAAAUCUAUAUAUUUAAUUGUUGGUCAUACUGUCCAAACAUAUCAAAUAGGGUGCCACUGCCAACGCUGCAAAAGAUUGUAGCCUACUGUCCAGUGUCCAAAAACUGUUUUUAAACUACAAUUCCCUGCACCAUGUGACUUCAAUGCGCAAACUCCAUGCUCCUCUAGCGCAGUCCCUUGAUGCUGACGCGCAGGCGUACACGGAACUACUGAGUAUCAAAUUGGUCUAACAGCGGGUGAUAAAAAUGCACAAGCUGAAGUCGUCACAGAAGGACAAGGUUCGCCAGUUUAUGUCCUUUACUCAGGCUGGGGAGAAGACAGCUGUGUACUGCCUGACGCAGAAUGACUGGAAACUAGAAGUGGCCACAGACAACUACUUCCAGAACCCAGACCUCUACUAUAAAGAAUCCAUGAAAACCUCAGUGGACAGGAAGAAGCUUGAACAGCUCUACAAUCGCUACAAAGAUCCCCAGGAUGAAAACAAGAUUGGGAUCGAUGGUAUACAGCAGUUCUGCGAUGACCUCAACUUAGACCCGGCCAGUAUAAGCGUCCUGGUUGUGGCAUGGAAGUUCCGAGCUGCCACGCAGUGCGAGUUUUCGAAGAAGGAGUUCCUUGAUGGCAUGACAGAGCUAGGGUGUGACAGUCCAGAGAAGCUGAAGUCUCUGUUGCCCAGAUUAGAGCAGGAGCUCAAAGACAGCGGAAAAUUCAAGGACUUCUAUCAAUUUACCUUCAAUUUUGCCAAGAACCCUGGACAAAAGGGUUUAGAUUUAGAGAUGGCCGUGGCCUACUGGAAUCUGGUACUGACAGGCCGGUUCAAGUUUUUGGAUCUCUGGAAUAGGUUUUUAUUGGAGCACCACAAACGGUCCAUCCCAAAAGAUACAUGGAAUCUGCUUCUGGAUUUUGGCAACAUGAUUGCUGAUGACAUGUCAAACUAUGAUGAGGAGGGGGCUUGGCCUGUCCUGAUAGACGACUUUGUGGAAUUUGCCCGGCCAAUCGUAACAGGAACCAAGCGCAAGACUGUAUAAUCAUAACCCUGCUCUUCCAGAGGAGUGGGGUCUUGUUUUGCAUUGACUUUGUAGUUUUUUUAAAGACUUGUACAAACAUAUAAAAACAUAGAAAAAAGAAAAGCAGAGAAACACUUGAAGUCAGCAAGAUAAUCCAGUAAAAGCAAGAAACACACAGUACGAAGACCACCUGUCAAGGAAGUGCUGCUGAUGAAGACAUGGAAAGAAGGGGGAGGCACCAAGGAAACAAUACAAGAUUUGCUUUUGGAGUCACCAUGUGCACAUUGCCAGCUGUUGGCACAGGCAAGCUAAUUCUAACCUCAGGCUCUUGAAGAUGCCAUGGGGACCAUUAUAUAUAAUCUGGACCCCUCUGGGCCCUCCCUUGACCGCUAGCUGUGUAACACCUUGAGGAGAGGAUGCCCUCUGUCCCUCACCAUGACCACCCUUAAGAGUUGUGGGCGAGAGAAAGCGAGCGAAAUCUCAGAGCACUCUGCUGUGUUGUGGGCUGAAGACUUUUAUUUGGUUUUUAUUCAAGUAUUUCCUGCAGGGCUUGGGAUGGUCGCACUAAACAGAUCCACUUUCUGAGCCAGAGUCCUGGGUUCUGAGCAGCAUGCAGCUUGGCUCAACUCACCAGCACAAACACUAUUGUUACAGUUGUAAUAUACUGUAUCUACUGUAGCAGUAUGUACAGAGAGAAUUAUAUAAAUAAAUCAUAUUAAAACUAUAUAAAAAACAAAGCUAGGGAGAGCAAACAAAAGGUGUUUUGCGUACAGUGUGUCAACUCGUUAUCUGAUGCCUCAAUAUCGUUUUAUUUCAGGUCAACCGUGUGACCAUAUCAUCUGUUCUUUUGUUGUUUUCUUUUUUUGGGUUGUAGAAGUUGGUGUGACUAUGUGCAGUUAUGUGUUUCUCAUCAACUUUGUUCACUUCAUUUUUUGUCAGAUUUAUGUAAACAAAUAAAUUAUAGCUCUUUAAGUAAAAACUGCCUUUCUUUCUCAAGCUGACAAAUAUUUCAUUUUAGAAUAACUCUAAUCAGAUACCCAUGGUGUGUCCAAAGUCAUUUGUGUUGGUGUACCUAGACACAGUAGAUCAUAUUCAUACAACACAUUCACCAUAGUUUUGUACACCCAGACGUAUACCAUAAUUGUUGCCCAAUGUAUUAUGUUUGCUGUGAUGUCAAAGUGCCAGAUAAACAUUGUUUAUACACUAUAUAAAUAAAAGUUGGGACGCCUGCCAUUAAACCUA